AGGGGACGACGCGCAGGGAGCGGGCCGUUUCCCAGACCCGCCCCCUCGGCUGCGGGAAUGCUAAAGCGUGGCAGGGGCCGGCCGGGGAAGCGGAGGAGGCGGGUCUCCAUAGAAACCUCCACCUGUUUCCGGCCAGGCUGAGUGAAAUUAGGGGCUGUAGCGGGGGCCAAUCUCAGCCAGCUCGCUUCUUCCCGGCGGCCCCUGCGGGCGCGGUGGGUGUUGUACACAAUCAUCAUGGCGGCGGCCGGAGCCCCGGAUGGCAUGGACACGGAGGCUGAGGCUGUGCCCACCGAGGAGCCCGCACGGCCCCUCAAUUGCGUGGAGGACGAAGCAGCGGCGGGGGCGGCGGCCGAGGACUCCUGCGACGCGCGAGGCAGCCUGCAGCCGGCCCCUGCCCAGCCCCCUGGGGACCCUGUGGCUCAGGCCUCGGUCAGCAACGGCGAGGACGCAGGCGGCGGUGCGGGCAGGGAGCUGGUGGAGCUGAAGAUAAUUUGGAACAAGACUAAGCACGACGUGAAGGUCCCGUUGGACAGCACGGGUUCCGAGCUAAAGCAGAAAAUUCACUCCAUUACAGGUCUCCCACCCGCCAUGCAGAAGGUCAUGUAUAAGGGACUUGUUCCUGAAGAUAAAACGUUGAGAGAAAUAAAAGUGACCAGUGGAGCCAAGAUCAUGGUGGUUGGCUCUACUAUAAAUGAUGUUUUAGCAGUAAACACCCCCAAAGAUGCUGCCCAGCAGGACGCCAAGGCUGAAGAGAACAAGAAGGAGCCCCUCUGUAGGCAGAAGCAACACAGGAAAGUGUUGGACAAAGGAAAGCCUGAAGAUGUGAUGCCAUCUGUUAAGGGUGCCCAGGAGCGCCUGCCAACAGUACCCUUGUCUGGCAUGUAUAAUAAGUCUGGAGGGAAAGUGAGACUCACCUUUAAGCUAGAGCAAGACCAGCUGUGGAUCGGCACUAAAGAGCGGACUGAGAAACUGCCCAUGGGCUCCAUUAAAAAUGUGGUUAGUGAACCUAUCGAAGGACACGAAGACUACCACAUGAUGGCGUUUCAGUUGGGCCCCACGGAAGCCUCUUACUACUGGGUGUACUGGGUUCCAACUCAAUAUGUGGAUGCAAUCAAAGACACUGUGCUGGGCAAGUGGCAGUAUUUUUGAAAGCACUUUCACCUCUGGCCCAGGAGACUGACCCAAAGUGAAGGACAUUGCCGGGAGAGGUCUGCAGCAUCCCUGGAUUGCAGAGUUCUGGGACUUUGUUCACACACAAAAAAAAAUCUCUAUUCAAUCUGAGGUGAUGUGGUGACUGAAGCCAGAGGUGAUGUACUUUCACCAUUAGCUUAAUUUGAACUUAAAAUCACCGGUUCCCUUUCUUGCAGUCAGCUUACCAUUUUUAAAGUCAGUAUGGUGGAAAUUAAUAAAUCCAAGUUUCGAACAUGUGUGGAAUACUCUUAAGUGUGUUUGAGAGUAUAUCUGCCAGUAUGCUGAGAGGGAAUAAUCAAAAGCUUUGUGGUUGUUUUCUUUGUUCUUUUUCUUUCUUUUUUUGUUUUGUUUUGUCUUGUUCUUAGAAGUGAUUUCAGCUGAAAUCUUCAGAUGUCUUUGGUUGCAGACAUUUGGAUUGGACUGCAUUGAAUGAGUUGGGUUUUUUUCUUUAGUAUUAAAAUCGUAUGCAAAAUGGGGGUGUUUAGUAAGCCAUAUUUUUUUGUGUGUGUGUGCUCAUUGAUUCAGAGAUUUUCUUUUUAAUGUUUCGCACUUCCUAUGAUUUUGUUUUAAACCCAAAGAUGCCAGUUUCUCUUUUGGUACCUCAUCUUCACCUCCUUGCCAGGCUCUCUCCCAUGUGCUGCUGCUGCUGCUGCUUGGGAAUACACAUGGGAAUAACAACUGGUGGUCUCGGUGUAGGGGCUCCCACCUUCCUGGGGUAUUCGUUGAGCAGCAGAGUAUCUCUCACUUGAGUCCUGUGUACACGUCUUACCCUCUGGACCCCUGUUCCGGGGAGUUCCACUGCUGGUUUUGUUGUUGACAGCCUUUCUUGAGCUUGGGUUUGAAACUCUGCCUAUCACCACAACCUGGGACUUGCUGCUCCAAGGCCCCCAGCUCUGAGGAGCCAGCUCGCCAUAUGGCCUCAGAUCACACACUUUCUUUCUUGGGAAGCUUCCUGGAACUCCUUAAGCAGUCCAGUGGUUGUUUGAAUUAUGCUUCUCCAUUUGGUCCUCUGCUCAUGCGUUCAGUUCAAGUGUCCUUUAUCCCAGGUUCAGAGAUGCUGCCUUUCUCACGGAAGACCUCUGGCCCAGUGGGUCGGCCAGUGGUAUUCCAACAACAGAGAUGGGAUAAAUUGCUUUUAGGACCAGCUUGCUCUCCUGGUUUUAGCCCUGAUGUUGUUUGUACAUGUGAACUGCUGUCUUCUCCGUAAGCCUUGACUGACUGAAAUGAGGGACAGUCUCUUGGUGGAUGAUUCCCUUUGUGCCGUUUGCUGUUUUUCUGCUGCCGUCUUUGCAAUUCUCCUCUCACUGGUUGCAGGCUCUCAUAGUAAGGUUUGGUGAGAAACCUUUCCAGCUUCACAUUUUGGAAUCUUAAGCUGUUACCCGCCUUCAUCCUGUGAAAUGUAUUCGCAUGUAUUCGCCUAAGAUGACUAUUCCUUGUGAGCCAGUUAAUGACGAUAUUUAUGCCCUUCCCUUCUAAGCUGUAGUUUGGGAAUCCAGCCCACAUAGACAGACUCUUGCUUUUUGUGGUGUAUUCAGUGCCAAGUUAUGCAUCUGGACAGGAAAACCUACUCUGCUUUUUGGGCGUGUAAGUAACGUAUGCAAAAUUCAGCGUCCAAGAAACUGCCUGUGUUUCAGCAUCUCAGUGGUAAUUGUGGAUUUUCUGUUCUUGUUGGCCUGCAGUCCCUGGAGAAAGUACAUUUUGCUCCUUGUCCCAGCCUCCUCCUGCACUUGGCAGGUCUAUCAAGGAAGUGACCAAGUGGCAGGUAGAACAUCUUCUUGGCUUGAAUACUGUCAUUUGUAUGCCAAUGUCCCUGUCCUUGAGACUUGUCUGACAAUGCCACACACCCAGUUUUGGUCUCUGAGCUGACCUGUGUGUCCCCACCUUAGCUCUGAGGCCCCUUCUGCCAGCCCCCUAUUUUCUGUGAGGGUCCCAGUGCUCUCUGCCUUCUCUCCUCCUAGUACACGUGCCCUGCUGUUGUCCCCCUGCUGCCCAAGAGCCAAACUGCUUCUCACGCAGGCUGGUGUCAUUUCAAGAGGACCAAAGCCUCUGUGAGCCUUUUUAUUUUUAGUACAAUGGUGCUUUUUCCUUACUUGGAGAUAUUCUCUAUAAAUAAUGUAAAUGACACCUUUUCGUAUGGAGCUGUUUUGAGUAUUGCUUUCCAGAGCUUGAGCUGUGGCUCCUGAUCCUGUCAGCACAGAAGGCUGCGCCAGAAGCCCUGGGAAUAAGUGUUCAGAUCUGUCUGGGUCACAGCAGUAUUUGCUAUUUUGUCACUCAGUCCCUUGAGCAGUCUAUAUAUUUCUACCAUGUGGAGUAUACUGACGAAAUCUGUGUGAGCAAAUUGAAAUUCUCUUCCCGCUAGGUAGCAUCACAGUGUUUUUUCCUCAGGAUUAUUUCUGCACAAUUCCUUCACUGUCAGAUAAGAGGGCAUGCAGGGAGCUCUUCAAAAGGCUUCUGGUGGCAUUACAUGAAGCUAGCUGGAGGAGUCCUACUCAUGACGAGGCAUCCCCUGGGCUUGUCAUCAUGUAGCCACUCAACAGGCUGCUCUCCCGUCUAUAGGUGGUACUGGUAGCCCUUCUGCAGGAUUGUCCUCAUAGACAUCAUGCCUUCCUUUUCCUCCCUGAGGCUAUUGGGCAGAAAAAAUGUGACUACGUAACCACUGCUGAGCCUGGGUCCCUCAGCUCAGAGCACUCAGACUCAAGAUUUGCAGGACCUUUGUGAGAUACUUAAUCUAUAGUGGGCCUUGCAGAUAGCUUUGGCUCUUGGGUUAGGUUUGACUGAGCAAGGAUGCACUUUCAUAGCAUCUUGUGGAUAUAGUAGGGGCCUGGUAAGGCCUAAGUAGCUCCUUAUUGCUGCUUUCUCUUCUGAGGGCCAAAGAGAUUAACUUUGCUCCAUUGCCACGUCUCAGAAAAGUUGCCAUGCCUCACCCAGAAGGAAAUUCUUCUUCUUUAAUGUGCCUGGAGGAGCAUUAUGAGCUCUUGCAGUUGGCCACCCUUUUUUUUUUUUUUGCCAGGAGCCAAGAAGGGAAGGGAUGGAUAAAUAAAUUCCGAUGUCAGGCUUUCUUUCCACACAUCUACUGAGGGAGCCAACUUUCUCUUGCUCCUUGCUACUGUUCAACCCUGUUCUCUUGGAAAAGGAUGGCCCCUUUGUCUUCAGAUCAGGCCCAUUUCCUUCUUCAUAGGCCUGGAAACCUUUUUGAAGUCACAGUGGCCAGGAGCCCUCUGGUUUGCUGGUGGAUUUAUCUGCCAGGCUGGGUGGUUCUGCUUUCUUGGUGGCUGAGAACCUUCUUUACCUUUCCUACAGAGUUCUGCAGAGAUAUCUGACAAUAUGUAAGUACUGUUUCCUUGUGGUGUACAUUCUGUUCUUGUUUGUUUUUAAAUCAAAAAUGCCUGUUUGGGAGGAGAUGAACGUAUUUAGUCUAUUAGAUUUGCGCUGCUGGAUUUUUUUUUUUAAUGUGUAAUCUUGACUAGCUGUCUUAUUGUUUAUCCUGUAAGAUUAGUCUAUCAAUUAAAGUUUGAUAAUUAAUU